AUGAUGGUUUACGAAUAUGAUACUCACUACUUUGAAAAUAAUAUUUCGUGGAGCUUAGAAAGCUUUUUACAGUGGAGCCUGUUCUAUGCUAACGACUUUGAUGGAAAUAAAGAUAAAGAACAUCGACUUUAUAGGACACAUUUAGAAGCAAUCUAUAAUGAUCCGAAUUUAUUGAAGAACCGUGAUAGCGAAAAGUGUGUUACUAGCUCAAAAGGUGCUAGGAUACGUCUGACAGCCCGGUGGAUACGUCUAGCGGGGCACCUUAGGAUACGUCUGAAUUGGGCACAACUUCGAACUGCUCUUUAUGAAAUUUGGUUUAUUACUAAUUUACCCAGAGCAGGCUCUGUUCGAGUUACAGAGUUCUGGAAAAAAAGUCCGUCUUUCUUAGAAACUUUGAAGAUAGCAAUAAACCUUAAUGCUGAUAAAAUGGUUUCUCGAGUAGCAGAAUUACAUGAUGACUUCAGCAAUACAAUUUUUAAUGUCACUCAGAAACAAUUACAAUUACGUUUUGGGCAUAAACGAUCUCAUUCUCACGAAGAAAAUUUUCUGGAGCCACAAAAAAAAAAAAUAUUACCAGAAAGAGGGGUGGGGAAUGUAUUACCUGAUGGCACAAAAUUUGAAAAGGCGACUCCUCUUGAUUUAGUACAGUCGGAUGAUGAUGAGCAUCUCUUUCAAGGAGAUAACGAUGAAGAUGAAGACAUACCUGCUCUAAAAGACACAGCUGUCAAGAAUUUAAAAGAAUGGAUUUUACCUUCAGGGCAGAAUGUAGGUAAAAUUAUUGAAGAAAAUGUAUCUGCCAACGCAGAAAAAGCCAAGAAUAAGAAAAAAUUGACGAUAUAUGAAAAGGCCAUAUUAAGAUAUGGUGUAUCAAACAUAAUCGAUUUAUCUGUUAUGAAUGAAUGGUUUUCCGUGAAGGAUAUAAAAUUCAUGGCAAAAGAUUAUAUUGAUCUGUUAAACGUUCCUCAGUUGCCAGCAGAAGAAAAUACAUUUAUAUCGAAAGUUGAAAGCAUGACGCUUAAGGGAGAUGCGAACGGUGCAUACAAGUUUUGCAUUGAAACUCAUGUUAAUUCCGAAGAAAACAACUAUAUGUACAAAAUAAGCAAGAUAUAUUCCGAGUUAAGUAAGAACAAAGUCGAUAUCCUGGAUUAUGCUGGAGAUACGCACACAGAACUUGAUGUCAUUAUGAAGGCUUUUGGAUAUAUUAUUGAAGGACUGAACACUGGUUUUGGGACUCAUCAAAAAUGGGGCGAAUCCUUCUGCCCAUUAAGUAAGAGCAAAGACUAUAACAAGGGUCGAAAAUGUGACUUACGCUUUCUAUCGAUAUCCGGAGUGGACUUAGGGGAGUGGGAAUUUGCAUCUGAAAUAAUCCCUCACAAGGUUGUUAGUGACCGUUGUAGAUCUGCUAGAGUUAAUCAGUCCAUUUUGAAUGGCUUGUUAAAUCUCAAUCUCACCGACGAGCAAGCUAAAAAUAUCAAAGUGCCCUUUGUGCAGAUAUGUGGCACAAGCGGUCAAAUGUUAAUUGAAGAUUUGGUUGAGGGUUUCUAUGUAGUAUUUCCUGGACCGAAGUUUGAGCUUCCCACAAAGCUUCAGCAUAUUAAAAAGCUAAAAUCUGCUGUUAAUAUUAUAAAUUUUAUUAUGGAUAUAUAUGAGCAAAUAAAUGAAAUAGCAGAAACUCAAGAAAACACACGCAAUGGAUUCAAUGAUAUUUUUAGUGAUAAUGCCGAUAUCAAACCUAUUCAUUAUAAGGCCAAAUAUAUACAUAAACCAUGGUGGUCUCCCAAAAAAACUACCGAAUUUUCAAAUAAUGAAAGUAUUGAAACUCAGUUUGAUAAUGAAGAAAGUAAAUCUGAUACUAGUGAAGAUCCAUCCCAAAAUUUUAAAUCUAUUCCAGAUGGAUAUAGACCUUUAUCAAAGACAAGUGCAAGCAAAUUAGGCAGUAAAGUUUGGAAUUACUUUCAACCUUUAGAGAAUAUAGCAACUGGAAAUCAUAUUGUAUGGUGCCUAUUAGAAGUUAUUCAAAAUCGUCAAAAGCAAACUUGUAAUACAAUUUGUAAUACAGGUGGAUCAACAGAAAAUAUGUGGGAUCAUCUUUCAAGUAUACAUAGUAUUACUAAAAAUUCAAAUCUAAAAUCAAAAGAUCAACAAAAAAUUAGUAUUAUGUUUAAAACCUCAGCUACUAAUUUAAAGCACCAAACAAAACAAAAUCAAUUUUUAGUUGAAUGGAUUAUUAAUAGUGCACAAGCAUUAAGAGUUGUAGAAUCAGAAAAAUUUAAAAUACUUAGAAAGACUCAUAAGUAUUUAUGCAUUAUUCAAAAUAUUGAAACAAGAUGGAACUCUUCCUAUCUUGCAUGGAGAUGUCUUUUGCAUUUACAAAAUGCAAUAAAUUUGAAUGCAAUUAAAGAAUUAGUAAUUAUUCUUUGUCUAUUUGCUAAAGCAUCAACUUAUUUAGGUGCUAGCAAAUCAUCAAUGAUUGAAUUUAUUAAUCCUACCUUAUCACAUAUCAAGCAAGAUUUAUAUAAUGAAAAUUCUAUAUUGUAUGAUCUACCGGAUUUAGAAAACUCAGAUAUGGCUUUUGAUAAUAAAAUUGAUGAAGAUAAUGAGUUUGUAAUUUUACAUAAUCAUAAACUAAAUAUUAAUAUUCCACAAGAUUGUGAUAACUUGGAGAUAAAAGCUUUUGAAACAUAUUGGAAUUCUCUAGUAGAUGAUGAUUUAUUACUUACAUUAUUAGACCCACAUCACAAACAACUCAAAUUUGCAGAUUCCUUAGAUCGGAAAUAUGCUGAAAAUAUUUUAAAGUGUAUGUAUAAUAAUAAGCACAACCAAAAUUUUCAAGAAACUUCGCAAAUGGCAAGUAUUUUGGAAUCUUAUAGUUUAGAUGAAGAAUUAUCUGCUAAAUCUCUUAGAAAAAAACUUCUUUCUCUACCUCAAAAUGAUAAUAAUGAUGAAGUUAAAAAUUAUCUUCAGCUUAGUGAAAUUGAUGUAGAAUCAGAUGUUUGUAAUUGGUAG